AAAACAAGAUUGAUGCCCAGAACUGUUUCUGUGUUUGUGCACCUCCCUCUUCUUGCCCCACCUUACAGCUUCACAAAAUAAAACAUCACUGAUCUAUUUUCACUUUCAUGGCACUCCAAAAUAUAUAAAUAUCAGUGCAAGCUUUUUAUUCACAUUUAGGCACAUUUCAUGCCGCUCAGUGGUUUAGUGCUCUUCAGUGGUAUGACGUCCACACUGAGGUGGCCAGAGAAGACCUGGGUACUCUUACAGCUGUUGAUGGUGGUGUCUUUCUCUCAGGGUGAAGAGCAAGUGUGCAGACGAAGAGGGGAUCCAGAAUAUCCCCAGCUAUCUAAGGAUGGAGACAUUAUAUUGGGGGGAGUCUUUUCUUUCCACAGCAGCUGGAAAGAGAGAAAGGAUACCUACAAGCACAAACCACUGCCACUACAAUGCACCAGUUUCAAUUUCAGAGGGGUCCAGUAUACCCAGGCUAUGCUCUUUGCCAUAGAGGAGAUUAAUAACAGCACGGACCUGUUGCCUGGCAUCUAUCUGGGCUACAAGAUCUAUGAUGUAUGUGGCUCAGUUGCCAGGAGUCUGACUGCAGCGCUGGCCUUGGCUAAUGGCAAUGAGGUGGUAUCUGCAGCCUCUGAGGCACCAUGUACCAGACCUGCCCAAGUGCAGGCCAUUAUGGGAGAGACUUCGUCCUCCCCUUGCAUGGCUAUAGCUACUGUCAUUGGACCUUUUCAUAUCCCACUGAUCAGUCACUUUGCUACUUGUGCUUGUCUCAGUGAUAAAACCAAGUACCCAUCCUUCCUCAGAACAAUACCCAGUGACUACUACCAGAGCAGAGCUCUGGCCCAGCUGGUCAAGCACUUUGGUUGGACUUGGGUUGGAGCUAUUAGAACAAAUGAUGAUUAUGGCAAUAAUGGCAUGGCCAUAUUCACAGAAACUGCCCAGCAGCUGGGCAUCUGUCUGGAGUACUCUGUGUCUUUCUUUAGAACAGAUCCACCAGACAAAAUACAGAAGAUAAUUGAUAUUAUCAAGGCUUCCACUUCCAAGGUCAUUGUCACUUUUCUCUCUCACAUGGAUAUAGACAUGCUAAUACAUGAGAUGUCUCUACACAACCUGACUGGGUACCAGUGGGUAGGCACUGAGGCCUGGAUCUUUGAUUCCCAAACUGCAGCCAUGGAUAAGCAUCACAUUCUGGAUGGUGCCAUAGGCCUGUCCAUCCCCAAAGCACAUGUCAGUGGCAUGAGAGAGUUCAUAAUGGAUGUGAAGCCACUCAAUUUUUCUGGUUAUGAAUUGUUUACAAAGUUUUGGGAGACACUGUUCAGCUGUAAAUUCAAGUCAGAGGUAGAGAAUCAAAAAAAAUGUACUGGACAUGAAGAUGUGACUGGAGUGCAAAACAGCUUCACUGAUAUGUCGCUCAUGCCUAUCUUUUACAAUGUCUAUAAAGGAGUGUAUGCUGUGGCCCACGCACUUCAUAGUAUUCUCAACUGCAAUACAACAUGUGACAAGAAGGUGCAGCUAGAUCCAUUCAUGAUUUUACAGCAUAUAAGAAAGAUUCGAUUCAGAACAAAAGAAGGAGAUGAGGUUUAUUUCAAUGAGAAUGGAGACCCAGCAGCAAAGUAUGAAAUUAUAAACUGGCAGCCCACAAAAAGUGGCACCGUGGACUUUGUCACAGUUGGUCUUCAUGAUGCGUCUUUACCUGCAGACCAACAGCUGAAUAUUCAAAAUAAGUCUUUAAUUUGGGCACAGAACUCACAACAGGUGCCGUUGUCAGUUUGCAGUGAGAGCUGUCCCACAGGAUCUCGUAAAGUUCUGCAGAAAGGAAAACCUGUCUGCUGCUAUGACUGUAUAAGAUGUGCAGAGGGAGAAAUCAGCAACAUCACAGAUUCUGUCACCUGUGUGAGAUGCCAUCCUGAGUUGUGGUCAAAUGAGAGAAGAGAUGCCUGUGUAAAGAAGGAGGCAGAGUUUCUAUCAUAUGAAGAGGUCAUGGGAGCACUGCUCACUGCUGCCUCGCUGUUUGGAACUUGUAUGACUGCUGUUGUAGCUUUCAUUUUCUUUAGAAACAGGCAGACUCCUAUUGUCAGGGCCAACAACUCUGAGCUGAGCUUCCUGCUGCUCUUCUCCUUGACUCUAUGUUUCCUGUGUUCUCUGACCUUCAUCGGUCGGCCCUCUGAGUGGUCCUGCAUGCUGCGACACACAGCAUUUGGGAUCACCUUUGUCCUCUGUAUCUCUUGUGUUCUGGGGAAAACAAUAGUGGUGUUGAUGGCCUUCAGGGCCACACUUCCAGGUAGUAAUGUGAUGAAAUGGUUUGGGCCUGCACAGCAGAAACUCAGUGUUCUGGGUUUCACUUUUGUACAAGUUGUCAUAUGUGUCCUCUGGUUAACAAUUUCGCCUCCUUUUCCCUUUAAGAAUCUUAAGGAAUUCAAGGACAAAAUCAUCUUAGAGUGCGCUCUGGGCUCAGCUGUAGGCUUUUGGGCUGUGCUUGGAUACAUCGGACUUCUGGCCAUGUUGUGUUUUAUUCUUGCUUUUCUUGCUCGUAAACUACCUGAUAAUUUCAAUGAAGCCAAAUUUAUCACCUUCAGCAUGCUGAUAUUCUGUGCUGUAUGGAUCACUUUUAUCCCAGCGUAUGUCAGCUCUCCUGGGAAGUUCAGUGUUGCUGUGGAGAUAUUUGCUAUUCUGGCUUCAAGUUUUGGACUGCUGAUUUGUAUUUUUAUUCCAAAAUGUUAUAUCAUCUUACUGAAACCAGAGAAGAAUACGAAAAAGAAUAUGAUGGGGAAAGGAGUGACGAAAUCUUCCUGAAAAGCUAAAAAAAUAAUGGUGGCAAAAGCAUUCUCAUGCACAUAACCAUGUCAAACACAAAUAUUAUGCAUUUAGAUUUGAUUUAAGAUCAUCUCACAAAAUCUAAUACAGUUUGUAAAAUUGUGAUCAAAGAAUAAAAUCCCUUGUUUCACAGGCUUAACUUGUUUCUUUGUUGU